AUGGCCAACCGCGAUCCCACCACGCUGUCCAACUACUCGGCUUGGCGCACCAAGCACACCUCUGUCGACUUCAAGCUGGACUUUGACCGCAAGCUCCUCAAGGGGACCGCUACGCUGCAGCUCGAAAGCCAGACCGAAAGGGAGAGCAGGGAGGUCGUUCUCGACACCAGAUUCGUCAACGUACAGCGCGUCAAUGUCGAUUCGGCCGAGACCAAAUGGGAGCUGAGGCCUCACAGCGAUCCCUUUGGUGCUCCUCUUCAUGUUUCUGUCCCCGAGGGUGCUGCCAAGGGACAUGUCAUCAACCUCGCAAUUGACCUCGAGACGACGGCAAGAUGCACUGCCUUGCAAUGGCUUACCCCUGCCCAGACCUCCAACAGAAAGCACCCCUACAUGUUCUCGCAGUGCCAGGCCAUCAAUGCUCGGUCCAUCUUCCCCUGCCAGGACACCCCGGACGUCAAGUCCACCUUUACUUUCAAGCUCACCUCUUCGCUGCCGGUCGUGGCUAGUGGUGUUCCCGUGGGAGAUCACACCCCGGCCGUGGGCACCGACAAGACGUAUGAGUUUGAGCAAAAGGUUCCCAUUCCGUCGUACUUGUUCGCCGUGGCCUCUGGUGAUAUUGUAUCCGCCAAGAUCGGAUCCAGGAGCGUGGUUGUCACGGGGCCUAACGAGCUGGACGCGUGCAAAUGGGAGCUGGAGCGGGAUAUGGACAGGUUCAUGGACGUUGCCGAGAAGCUUGUCUUUCCUUACAAGUGGGGAGAGUACAACGUUCUUGUCCUGCCUCCCAGCUUUCCCUAUGGAGGCAUGGAGAACCCCAUUUACACGUUUGCUACCCCUACCAUCAUCAGCGGUGACCGUCAGAAUGUAGAUGUCAUCGCCCACGAACUGAGUCACAGCUGGAGCGGUAACCUGGUUUCCAACGCCAGCUGGGAGCACUUCUGGCUCAACGAAGGAUGGACCGUCUAUCUUGAACGCAGGAUCCAGUCGGCCAUCCACGGUGAGGCGGAAUUCGAUUUUUCUUCCAUCAUCGGGUGGAAGGCUCUUGAGGACUCCGUCGAGCUCUUCGGCAAGGACCACGAGUACACCAAGCUCAUCAUCAGCCACAAGAAUGUCGAUCCCGAGGAUGUCUACAGCACCGUCGCUUAUGAAAAGGGCUUCCACUUCCUGUACUACCUCGACCGACUCGUCGGCCGCGAAGCCUUUGACAAGUUCAUCCCCCACUACUUUUCCAAGUGGUGCGGCAAGUCCCUCGACUCCUUCGAGUUCCGGGACACAUUUUUAGACUUCUUCAACGGCCUGGGUGACGAGGCUAUCAAGCAGAAGAUUGCUACCAUUGACUGGGAGGGUCGCUUCUACACCCCUGGCCUGCCUCCUAAGCCCGACUUUGACCUGACAAUGGUGACUGCUUGCUACGAGCUGGCCAGCAAGUGGAAGGAUGCUUCAUUCGAACCUAAACCCGAGGACGUCUCGUCCUUCACUGCCAACCAAAAGCUCGUCUUCCUCGACAAGGUUCAAGUAUCCGGCCCGCUGUCUGCCGAGCGCGCUCAGCUUCUUGGAAAGACGUACGACUUCAUCACCUCCAAGAACGUGGAGCUCAAGUCCUCGUACUACCGCGUCGCCCUGGACGCCAACGACCCGACAUGCGUGUAUGGCGUCGCUGAGCUGCUGGGCUCCGUAGGCCGAAUGAAGUUUGUCCGACCUCUGUUCCGAGGACUGAACAAGGUGGACCGUCAAUUAGCUCUCGAGACGUUUGAGAAGAAUAAGGCGUUUUACCAUCCAAUCUGCAGGGGAAUGGUUGAGAAGGACUUGGCCAUUCAUGGGUAG